AUGCCAAAUAAAAUUCUGGACCAGCCUGAAACAUCGGAGUAUCAUGACGCCAGAUAUAGAGUCAUCAAACUGGCAAACGGUUUAACAGCUUUGUUAAUAUCUGGUCUGGAAGGAGCAGAUAAUGACGAUGAAGAUUUUAAAGUUAUUUGUAGUUUAUGUGUGGGAGUAGGCAGUUUUAGCGAUCCACCCGAAAUUCCAGGACUGGCACAUUUCCUUCAACGCAUGGUUUUUAUGGAAUCCGAAAAACAACCAAAUAAAAUCGAUUUUAAAGAAUUUAUCAAUCUCCGUGGUGGCACUACUUACAGCGCAACAGAUUGCGAGUAUACAAGAUUUUAUUUUGAUAUCCCAGAAACACAGUUGUUAUCAACUUUCGUUCCUUUUACUUUCGAUGAAUUUUAUAUAAAGAAAAAAGCCAUCAAGCGAGAACGAGAGAUCAUACGUGAAGAAUUUCAGUUGGAUUCAUCUAGUGACAAAAGUAGAAAAGAACGAUUAUUGUCUUUUACUGCUCAAACUGGUCAUCCACCCAGUAAGUUUCUUCGAAGCAAUUCAAUAGCUUUAAACAAUGAUAUAGAUGAUAACGAGUUGUUCGAACAACUGCAGAAUUUCAGAGAUCGUCAUUAUAGCGCUCACAGAAUGACGCUAGUUAUAAAAGCAAGAUUUUCGCUGGAUGUAUUAGAAGAAUUUGUCAAAACCCGCUUUGGUCCAUUACCAAGUAAUUGGAUACCUCCCGAUGACUUUACCAAAUUUAAAGAUGGCAAUUCAUUUGAUACUGACGCUUUCCAAAAAAUAUAUAAAUCGAUUAAACCCAUUAAUGAUAUCAACCAACUGCAUCUAACAUGGGUUUUGCCUUCAUUACAAAAUUAUUACAAAAGCAAACCAAGUGAAUAUAUUUCAUGGAUUAUUGAACAUAAAGGAAAUGGUUCUUUAACUAGUUAUCUACGUAAAAAAAUGUGGGGCCUUGAUGUGUUUUGUGGUAACUGUGAUAACGAUAAUGAUUUUGGAUACAACUCUAUGUAUGUUUUGUUCGAGAUUAUAGUAGAACUCACCGAUGAGGGACUAAAACAUCUGCGAAACGUUCUCGAUACAAUAUUUUCCUUUAUAAAUUUCAUAAAAAGAACUGGUCCACAAGAAAGUAUUUAUAAUGAGCUUUAUAAGAUUGGAAAUAAUAAUUUUAGAUUUUUUAGUAAGCAUGAUGAUGUGUUUGAUUUAUGUAAGAGAAUGCAUUUCUAUCAGCCGUGUGAUUAUCUAACUGGAAAGCAUAUCUAUUUCGAGUAUAACCCAGAAGCUAUACAAAAAUAUUUGAAUCUCUUAGUGCCAGAGACGGCGAAGAUUAUGGUUUUCAACAAUGACCUUGAAUUAAAUAUAGUCGAACCGCAUUUUAAAAUUAAUUAUAAAGAUAUCGCGUUACCAAAUGAAUGGCUCGAACGCUGGAAAUUUAUUGAACCAUUGUCUAAUUUUCAUUUACCAUCAUGCAAUAAAUUUCUUACCAAUAAUUUCUCUUUUAUAUCGGUAUCAGAAGAAGUUCCGAAAUAUCCUGUAAAAAUAUACAAUGAUUCUAUAUCGGAAAUUUGGUUUCGUCCGAAGUUUUAUCUGCCGGUGUGCCAUAUAAAUCUUCAUAUUGUCCUCAUUUCUAAUCCGGAUCUCCGAACACCAAUAAAUGCAGCUCUCCUACAAAUGUACUGCAAUAUAAUAAAAUAUCUAUUGCUAGAAGAAUUACAUCUGGUUGUAACGGCUGGAUUUAGUUAUGAGAUCGAUGUUAAUGAAGAAGAUACAGGUAUUAUAAUACAAAUGAGCGGGUUAAACGAAAAUCUGUCAUCUAGGUGGUUAAUGGUUAUUGCAAAUUAUAUAGCGAAUCCAGUCCCUAUUUCGGAGGACUUGUUUAAUAUUAUUAAAGUGCAACAACGUAAGGCACACUACAACAGAUUUAUAGAACCGAAAAAGUUCAACGAAGAUAUGGAAUUAUGGAUACUAAAGUACGGCAACUGUUCACACGUUCAGAAAUAUAAUGCUCUAUAUGAUUGUGAUUUUGAAAGUUUCCAAGAUUUUCUAACAUCCUUCGAAAAUCUGUACAUCCAAUGCCUCGUAGAAGGCAACGUAACGAAAGACUUUACGAUCAAUAUUAUACAAGAAUUUAUAUCAAUAUUAUACCAAAAAAUUAAUUGUGGCAACUUGAAUAAUGAGAUAUAUGUUGUUCCAAUCAGUAAGAUACCUCUAGGCACAUCUCAUUUCAAGUUAAAAAAUAUUAACGAAACUGAUGUAAACUCGGUAAUAACAAAUUAUUAUCAAGUCGGUAAUGCUACGAUUGAAUUAUCGGUUUUAACUGAGCUGGUGAUCAUGAUAAUGAAAGAAUCGUUAAUGAAUCAUCUACGAACCCAAGAAAAGCUUAGUUAUGUAUCGUGCGAUUUUAGAAAUAUUAACGGUGUAUUAGGAUAUUCUAUAACUGUUUACACUCGGACAGAUAAACGCACAACCGAAUACGUUGAUCAACGGAUCGAGAAAUUUCUGAAUUCGUUUCAAAUCAUGUUGGAACAAGAAAAAAUUUCAGAACAGAAAUUCGAUGAUUUCAAAGAUCGGCUGAAAACUUCAAAGCAACAUGACGCUGCCGACAUUCUGAAGAACAGAGUUAACAGAGACUGGAGUGAGAUCAUGAAGCGGCAAUACAAAUUUGACAGAUGUGAGAAGGAAGCGCUUGCAAUAGACAACAUAUAUAUCAAUAAACUGAAAACAUUUUUCAGAAAGCACACACGAAACAAACUUAGAAAAUUGAGCAUACAUAUUGUGGGAGCACCAAAGGAAGUUGCAAUCAAUGCAAAGAAUCUUAAGCGUUGUACGUACUGUCUUCAUGACUUUAUAAUUCACAAUUCGCAGCACGAUAGUUCUACAAAUCAUUAUAUUACUGACUACAAUGUAGAUUUGCAGCGCUAA